AUGGCCGUUCCUUCGACAUCAGAGUUCCGCGUCCGAUGUCGCGUCAUCGAGGCCCUUUACCGGCUUUACGGGCAGUUUCCAACCGAGUUUCCCAGCGGAAAGGGAAAGAGAACCACCGAGGAGGGCAACAUGGGCGCCGGAGGAGAAACACCCGAGACCAUGGCGAGGAGGAGGGAAGAGAAGCAGCGGCAUCCAGAGGGUGGUGAGAUCGAAGCCGAAGUGGAGGAUCGACAUGCAAGAGAAGGAUUCUACGACGAAGCGUCUACGCACAGCAUGGCGACGGCCUCCAUGAGCCAAGAUCUCGAACGAAUGGCACUUCCCGGCCAAAAGCAAGGAGGCGGAGGUGUUUUCAGCCGUAUGAAGUCGGGGUGGAGGGCAGGCAUCGCGUUGAACAUCGUCAUCGGCUUUUUCAUCCUCAUUGUCACAAUCGUAUGUCUCGUCCUGGCUUUGGUCGUCGUCGGAAUGAUCAGGGGCGAGAGCAAAGUGUACCAGGGCUCCUGCGCCAAGGCGGAUGGGAUCAAGAUCGGACUCUCUGUUGCCAUCAACAUCAUCGUCGUCAUCCUACUGGCGACGGCCAACUACGUCUUCCAGGUCCUAAGCAGCCCGACACGCACCGAGCUCGAAAUGGCGCACGAAGAGCAUCGAUGGCUCCAUAUUGGGAUUCCCUCUUUCAGGAAUCUACGUUUUGUUUCCAACCCUCGGGUUGUUCUGACGGUCAUCAUUAUGCUGGCGGCCGUCAGUACCCAAGUAAUAUAUAAUGCUGUAAUAUUCACCACACAGCCAGCCUUCGCCCAUCAGAUCGCCUUCGUCACUCAAAACUUCCUCUCCUCGGGCCAAUUUAGCAACGCAUCCGCAACGAACGCCGGACGACUUUCAAGGACGGAUCUCCUCAACCUGCAAAACCAGGCUUCUGACAAUGAGCUUACGAACCUCACUGUCGUUGAGUGCUUGAAGCAGUUCGGCGGUGUGUACCAGUCCGAUUUCAGUGCCGUCGUGUUGGUGACGGACUCCGCCUCGACCAGCAACUCCCUCGUUCAGACUGCAGCAUCUGGAUCCUCGCUUUCUCAAUUCGUCGAUCCGGUAAACCCCUCCGUCAUCAAGAUCAAUAGCUCAACGGCCGAGUACUGCUUAGCUCGCCCCGAGUCCCCUGAGCCUUGUUCGGUUAUUCUCAACGGCUCUCUUCUCGGCGUUAUCGCCAUUCUCAACCUCGUCUCCGUCUCGGCCAUCGGCGCCGUUUACUUCUUCACCGGUUUCGAGCCCCUGGUCACUCUUGGCGAUGCCUUAGCUUCUUUCCUCACCCAGUCGGACCAUACCACCCAGAACUCAUGCCUCCUCGACAAGAAGGAUAUCAAGCAGGGUCGUUGGGGUUACAACGAGGCCAAGUACUGGACUUCCAAGGAGCACUUCUGGUUUCAGACUCCUAGUCUCUCCAUGUGGACAGUCUGGUUCCUCACCUGGGCAGCCCCAACUGGCCUCGCGGCGGCAGCCCUCGCUGUGCCGCUGAGCAAAGACUCGAUGGCCAGUCUCAGUGCCUUCGGCCGCGCCCCGGAUCAUGAGAUGUACAUCCUCCCCAACGGAGCGGCUCGCGCAGGCUUUGCCCUUGUCGCCGCCGUCCCCCAUCUUCUCCUCGCCAUCCUCUACCUCUCCACUAACGCCCUCAUGUCCAACUACUUCCUCUCCCACGAAAUGUCCCAAUACGCCCUUCCUGGCCUUACGCUUCCCCUCCGCGUCAGCUCCGGUCGUCCUCUCGGCGCGCAAACCACAAGUCUCUAUCUCACUCUCCCGCGUCCGUUUUCCUGGCUCCUCCUCGCUCUCUUCUCCGCCGCAGGCUUCGUGCUCAGCCAGGCUGUUGUCAUGGUCUCCAUCGAUGUCCUGCCUGCGGCCAAGGACGCCGACUUCCCUGGCCCCAUCAAUGGCGUCGGCUUCAGCGGGGUCGGACUCCUAGCCCUCCUUGCUCUGCUCGUCCUGAUCGCUGGCUUGGUUCUCGGCCUGGGCCUCCGCAGAGCAGACCCCACGCCCACUCGCGUUGACGGCGAGCCCUCGGGCAACCCGCUGGUGUUGAAGGGUGGAAGCUGCUCCGCCGUCAUCAGCGCUAGGUGCCACCGUUCUCCUGGUGAUGUCGGCGCUGCUUUCCGCGAGGUGGCUUGGGGUGUCGUUUCUGAGGGCGAGGGUGCCAACAUCGGACAUGCGACGUUUUCGAGCCUGCCUGUUUCCGUCCUCAACCCCAUCAGAAGCUACGCAUAG